AUGAAAGUAUUCACUUGGAUUUGCAUCUCGGCGCUAUUGAGCGGCACCAAUGGAGAAGUCCAUAGUAAUCUAUUAUCUAAGGAAAUUGACGGUGAGAAUGCCGAUUGGUUCAACCGCGUUCUUCAAACCGGAAGUAUGUCUCCACCCCCACCACCCCCUACGCCACCGCCAACUGCUACUCCUCCACCAACACCUGUACCAACACCACAGCCGACGGUGCCACCGACACCUAAUCCAACUUCUUCCCUAUCUCCUACUCAAAGCCCCUCUGUGAGUUUGAGCCCUACCAAGUCGCCUACACCAGUUCCAACCGGACGGCCGUCUACUUCACCUACCAAGUCGCCAACGCAGACUCCUUCUACAAUUCCAUCGCUGUCACCAACUGAUAGUAAGGCGCCUUCCUCUAGCCCUACUACUAGCAUGGCGCCUUCCGAUACGCCUAGUUCCCCACCCACUGAUACGCCUAGCAACCCUCCUAGUUUGGGACCAACACCAGUUCCAACAAUGAGCCCAUCGGAAAAUCCUACAAACUUGCCUACCACUUCGCCAUCCAAGCGCCCUACUACCUCCCCAACAAUGUCACCAACACAGACACCGCUGCAACUUGUUCCAGUGCUCGGAGUCUUUUUCUUGCAACGUUGCCAAGGAGAUUGCAAUGCUGAUACAGAUUGUGCCUUUGGACUUGUUUGCCAGCAACGCAACAGAGGAACCUCGUCAAUUUCUGGGUGCUCUGGAAACGCAGAUUUGAUUGGAACCGGAAAUGAAAACUACUGCGUUCCUCCAUCAGGAAAUCGCUUGGUCAUCGUGGGUGACGACAUCAACGGCGUCCAAACUCCUGCCGGUGUUUUUCCAUUGCAAAGGUGCCAGGGCGAUUGUAAUAACGAUGAUGACUGUGCUGGAAACUUGGUUUGCAGACAGCGCGAUGAUAACGCCCCGGUCACUGGAUGUUCUGAUAGAGGAGCCACUGGAUUCGACUACUGCUACGCUCCAGGCCCAACUGAUCUCGUUUAUCUUGGAGAUGAUGACGAAGGAUUUGAUGGUACAGGUCCCCCCAAUCUUGCCAGAUGCCGCGGUGAUUGUGACGAAGAUACCGAUUGUGAAAAUGGAUUGGUUUGUUUCCAACGCGACUUUGAACCUCGUUCAGUUCCAGGAUGUUCUGGUGACGCCUUCCAAAUUGGAAAUGGUGAUGAUGAUUUCUGCAUCCAAGCAUCCGCCAAUACUCUGAACUUCCGAGGUGAUAACGGUCAACCUGCUUCUGCCUUUCCAUUGGGUGCCUGCCAAGGAGAUUGUGACACCGAUGCAGAGUGCGCCGGUAACUUGAUCUGCUUCCAACGUGCCGAAUUUGAAGACGUCCCUGGAUGCACAGGAUUCGGUGUAUCUGGAUUUGACUACUGUUCUGCUGGAGGUCGUGAUGGUGAUGUAGGAGAGAACACCACGACUGUUGAAACUCCAGAAGAGACCGAGACUGAAGAACAAGAAGUAGUACCUGACGAAGAAAAGGGAAAAGACUCGCUGAACAGAUUUUUCCUAUUUGGUGGAAAAAGAAACUAA